AAUAUUUCGUCAAAGGGGUUCGUCACAAAACCCCCUUUCGAAUCUCUCUCUCUCUCUGUAAUCGGCGAAAUUUGCAGGAAUCGAAACUCGUAACAUGUGUAAAUCACCUUUUCACUUCUAUUGAUUCAAUCAAUUUCACCAAUUUCCGAGUAAUCAAUCUUUGUGUGAACGGAACUGCAUUUUGGAUAUCUGGUUCAAAUUAGCUGGGAUUGUAGACUGUUUGUGAUUGAGAGCUUUACUUGUGCCGGACUAAAGGUUUAAGUAAAAUGGAUGGAAAUGCUUCUGGUGAGGACUAUGAGAAUAUUGAUUGGGAUACGGAAGAUGAACUCGAGAUUGAGAACAUAACUCCUUCGUCUUGUUCGAAUGGGGUAGCUCACAAUGUCCAAGCUAUUGUUAGUAAUGGUGCGGCUGUUGUUAGUAAUGGGGAGGCGAGCUCAUCAGCAGGCAGUUCAAACUCCAAGUUGGUUCAGCAUUUCUUAGGGAUGGGAUUUUCUGAAGAAAUGAUUGCGAAAGCAAUUAAAGAAAAUGGGGAGGCCAACACAGAAUCAAUACUUGAAUCUCUACUCACGUACGGGGCUCUUGCUUCUGAGGAGUCUCCUGAUGAACGGAACUCAUGUCAUCUGAACUCUCCUCAGCAACAACAAUUUGUAGAUAACGAUCAGUUGUCUUCUGACUAUGAUGAGAGUCUUCUUGCUGAUCUCUCGGAUUCUGAUGACAGUUGGUCUGGUAGUGAAAUAGCUGAAACUAGCAAUUCUUUACCUAAACAUGAGAAAGCGAUACUAUCCUUAGCAAAUAUGGGGUAUACCGUAGAAGAGGCUUCAGCAGCCAUUGAUAGAUGUGGACCCGAAGCUUCAAUUGCAGAACUAACUGAUUUUAUUUGUGCUGCCCAAAUGGCAAAGACAGAAGACGUAUUUUUUGAAGAAGAGAAACCGAAAAUCUCAUUCAACGGGUCCCUCAAAAAAAGAAAAUUAUACGAGCUCGAGAUGAGGAAAAGAAAAAAACGUAACCCCGAAGACGAAGAAAUGAUCCGUCUUCCAAACCCGAUGAUCGGUUUCGGAACUCCAACACACGGUAACGUAAUAACUCACCGAAAGUUACCCGAUGCUGCCAAGGCGCCACCAUAUUUCUACUAUGAAAACGUCGCACUAGCUCCAAAGGGCGUUUGGGACACAAUUUCCCGAUUCUUGCAUGAUGUGGAGCCCGAAUUCGUUGACUCCAAGUACUUUUGUGCUGCAGCAAGAAAACGAGGUUACAUUCAUAAUCUCCCGAUAACUAACCGGUUCCCGCUUUUACCUCUUCCUCCCCGAACUAUUAGCGAUGCGUUACCGUUGACGAAACGGUGGUGGCCCGAAUGGGAUAAGAGAACUAAGUUGAACUGUUUGCAAACGGUUAUCGGUAGUGCUAAGCUGACGGAUCGGAUCCGGAAGGCUCUAGAAAAGUGCGGUGAUAAUCCACCUGAGCAUGUGCAAAAGUAUGUUAUGGAUGAAUGCCGAAAGUGGAAUCUCGUGUGGGUCGGGAAAAACAAGCUGGCGCCGUUAGAGCCCGAUGAGGUGGAAAUGUUGUUAGGAUUUCCGAGAAAUCAUACGAGAGGUGGCGGGAUAAGCAGAACGGACCGAUACAAAUCGCUCGGCAACUCGUUUCAGGUAGAUACUGUAGCGUAUCAUCUCUCUGUCUUGAAGGAUAUAUUUCCAAACGGUAUAAACAUGCUGUCGCUCUUCUCGGGCAUUGGUGGUGCUGAGGUGGCGCUCCACAGGCUCGGGAUCCGUUUGAAAAACGUAGUGUCGGUUGAAAUCUCGGAAGCUAACCGAGACAUAGUUAAGAGUUGGUGGGAACAAACGAACCAAAAAGGCAACCUGAUUCACUUCUCCGACGUUACACAGGUGGACGGGCACCUGCUGCAGCGACUGAUGUUUUCGUUUGGCGGGUUUGAUCUUAUUGUCGGUGGCAGCCCGUGUAACAAUCUUGCGGGCAGCAACAGGGUUAGCCGAGAUGGACUUGAAGGUGAACAAUCGUCAUUGUUUUUUGAUUAUUUUCGUAUCAUGGAUCUAGUCAAGGAUAUUAUGAAUAAUAAAAAAGAAUGAUUCCUUUCUGAAAUAAGGACUAGGCUUGGUUUGAUGAUGACUAGAUUUGUUGGACGUCUCUUUGACUUUUAUUUGACUUUUCGAUUAGAUUUGUCGAAAGAUGGAACCUUUUUGAGGAAAUAACUUAAAUUAGAAGUGUUUUAUCUAGAAUUUGUACUGGAUGCUUAUAAUGAAGUUCAGCUGCAAAUGCAGUGAGUUUCAAAAGUU